CGGGGCGCCUCCCGAUAGCGCUGUCUCUGUGGCGCAAUCGGUUAGCGCGUUCGGCUGUUAACCGAAAGGUUGGUGGUUCGAGCCCACCCAGGGACGAGCCGUGGUUUUUUUUGUCUUCUGAGCGUAUAAAAAAGUGUGCGAUGCGCUGGCUUUUGCCGGGUCACAUGUGCGUCCCGUUGCCUCCACCAUUCAUCUUCGCGGGCUGGGGGAGGACGCACGGAAAGCGCCGGGGAACGUCCGGGCCCGAGUCCUGUUUCCGCGCUCUCGCCGAGCCGCUUUGACCGCCGGACGGGAACCCGGAGCGCUAAGGAGGACGGACCUCAAAGGUUGUCUGAAGGCCGAGGCCAAGAUGGCGGCGCUGCCGGCUUCUGGCCUGCCCUGUGUCCGGAUCCUUGGUCUUCGCACUGGCGUGGGUGCGGCUGUUCAGGCACGAAGCAUCCACCAGAGCUUGGCCACUGACCAUCCAAAUAGCACCCAACCCGCUGUGCCCAAGGCUGGAGCCGUGGUCCCCAAGCCCACAGCACUUCCCAGCAACCGGGGCGAGUAUGUGGUGGCCAGGCUGGAUGACCUCAUCAACUGGGCCCGCCGGAGCUCGCUGUGGCCUAUGACCUUCGGCCUGGCCUGCUGUGCCGUGGAGAUGAUGCACAUGGCCGCACCCCGCUAUGACAUGGACCGCUUUGGUGUGGUCUUCCGCGCCAGCCCACGCCAGGCUGAUGUGAUGAUUGUGGCUGGAACGCUCACCAACAAGAUGGCCCCCGCACUCCGUAAGGUGUACGACCAGAUGCCAGAGCCCCGCUACGUGGUAUCCAUGGGGAGCUGUGCCAACGGCGGAGGGUACUACCACUACUCCUACUCUGUGGUGAGGGGCUGCGACCGCAUCGUUCCCGUUGACAUCUACGUCCCAGGCUGCCCGCCCACGGCCGAGGCGUUGCUCUACGGUAUCCUGCAGCUACAGAAGAAGAUCAAGCGGGAGAAGAGGCUCAACAUCUGGUACCGCAGGUAGUGCCGCUGCCGCCUGGCCGGCCACGCCAGCCACGCCAGCCUCCUGAGACUGUUAAUAAACCCAGCCUGCUCCCUCU